AUGUUACAGUCCGCUGAAUGUUUUAUUCCUCCACUGAAUUAUCCGGAACAUCUGGGAACAUUUUGCCUCUCGAAGGUGAAUUUCGCUUUCACCAUCGGCGGAAACACUCGCAGCGAAGUUAUCCGGCUGAACAUCAUUACACCGGUCAACUACUCGGAGUGGGCAGCAGCAGUCGUCGUAGUGCGCAAAGCAAAUGGUGCCAUUCGUGUUUGUGGAGAUUACUCUACAGGACUCAACUCCGCUCUUCAGCCUCACCAAUACCCGCUCCCCCUUCCGGAAGACACUUUUGCUAAGCUGGCUAAUUGCGAAGUCUUCAGCCAGAUCGAUCUUUCGGAUGCAUUUCUGCAAGUUGAGGUCGACGAACAGUUUCGUCAUCUGCUCACCAUCAACACACACCGUCGUUUGUUUCAUUACAAUCGUUUUCCACCUGGUGUAAAGGUAGCACCUGGAAUCUUCCAGCAGCUCAUCGACACCAUGCUAGCUGGGUUGGAAAAAGUUUCCGGUUAUCUCGACGACGUGAUCGUUGGCGAUCCAGUGAAAAUCGAGGCAAUAGUGCAGCUUCCGCCUAUCACUGACAUUCACGGUGUACGUUCCUUCAUUGGGGCGAUCAAUUAUUACGGAAAGUUUGUCCCGAACAUGCGAAUGCUUCGCUUCCCGCUGGACAAACUGCUGAAAUCGCAAUCGAAGUUCCAGUGGACAACGGAGUGCAAGCAGGCAUUCGAGUGUUUCAAGCAGAUUCUCACCUCAGAUCUUCUACUAACGCACUACGAUCAGAAGAAAUAG